AUGCCUGUACCAAUUGGAAACCAAGUAUCACCGUCGGUCUUACUUCCUUUCCCUCCACUUACAGAACAACACAUUCUUAAUUGUGUAUUUUCGUCCUGGUAUAACAAUUUUCGACGUGUCACUUUAAAAUCCAAAAUAAUUAAGCCUCUACCAGAAGAAUUCAUCGAAUACUUACAUGCUGAUGGAGUAUUUCUUCCUGAACAAAAUUAUAUUGGAGGAAAUCAUUUACGAGAACAACCACUUCCAAGUUUUCCAGAAUUGGAACAACAGAUUUGGGAUACGAUUGACGAAUUUGAUGGAGCAGUUUUUCCAAAACUCAAUUGGAGCUCUCCGAGGGAUGCCACAUGGAUUUCAGCUACCAACUCACUUAAAUGUAAUUCUCCAUCUGACAUAUUUCUUCUCCUCAAAUCAUCCGAUUUCGUUGCCCAUGAUCUUGAUCAUGCAUUUGAUGAUUGUCAUUACAACCAUCAAGAUGCUCCGAGAAGACAUCGACCAAAUGUAUUUGAAUUGGUGUUGAAAAAGUGGUACGACGUAGCACCUUCUAUGGAAUUUAGAUGUUUUGUAAAAGAAGAAGAGUUAGUUGUAAAUACACAUAAUCACACUCACUUUCAAUUACUGAUAUGUUAUAAUCAUCAUUGUCCUUUUGAAAAAAAAAUUUCUCAAGCCAUAUCACAACGGGAUAUCAACUAUUAUUCAUUUUUAAAUGAUAUACAAGAAGAAUUGAAAACAAAGAUUAUUCAAUUUUUCGAAAUUCAUAUACAAAAUAAGUUUUUUAAUCAAAAUUAUGUUUUUGAUGUAUAUGUGACACGGAAUAGAGAAAGAGUUUGGUUGAUUGAUUUCAAUCCUUAUGGACCUAUGACAGAUAGUCUUAUGUAUACGUGGGAAGAAAUUUUGACAGCAACUGGACCACCAUCAUUUCGACUGAUCACCUCUCAAACUGAGUCUAGUCAAUCACGUAGUCAACCAUUCGCUGUUAAUCGUUAUCCACGAGAGAUUUUUGAUUUAUCACAAGGUCAAUCUAUUGCCGAAUUUGCUGAACAAUUCCAACGUGAAUUAGCGAUCGCUACUGUUGGCAGCGAUGGAGAAGAAAAUGAAAAUGAAAACAAUAUUAUUAAUAAUGUCAACCAACAUCCCCAGUCAUAA